GGUACUCAUUGAGAGCGUGAGGUUUUAGCACGUUCUUCGACACUUUGAGACUACGCUUUCACUUUGCAGCUUUUGACUCUCAAGGAAACAUCAAGCUCUUCAAGAUGAAGCUGUGGUUCGUUGCUGCCAUACUUAUCUCCACUGCGUUUCCAGCUGUGUGGAGUUUGAAGUGCUAUUUUUGCACCAGCACCGAGUCAUGGGAUAAAUGCAAAGGAGUAAGCACGACCUGCGUGGCUCCCGCUGCUGACAAAUGUGUUAAGGUUUAUUAUAAAUUUGGCUCAGUCCAAUCGUUCAUCAAAACGUGCGGAAGCGAUGCUUACUGUGAUAAGAAAACCAACCCUACCUGUAACGCCGCCAGUGGAUCGUCCGAGUGUGAAAUCAAUUGCUGCAGCGGUGACGACUGCAAUGCUGGCUCAGCAACCCACAUCAGUGGUAUCCUAUUACUGUCAUGCGCUUUAGCCUCUCUGAUGAUCUUUUUCAAAGCCUGAAGCGUGACCGUGGUUGAGGUCAAGCACGGCUGAUGAUCAAGGUUGCAACUAUCAUACGCUUUUUUGAAAGGAUGUUAGUAGAGAAUUUGGAUAGAACUUCUUACUUAAGACGUAGUAGUAGUCCAUAGGAGAGGAAGUCAAUUCGGUUCACAUAAGAGAGGAUGCAUGCUAGUCCAUCAUAGUUUGUCACGUAUUGUACGUAUUAGUUACAGAAAAAAAGUGGCGUUUUUUUUUCGUUAUCAAAUGAUUGAAAAAUAAAACGUGUCUGACAAACUCUU